AUAUACAUCCCCACUCGCUUGCUCCGUCACCUAUUACUGUUUCUAAAGAUCGACUCAUUUCAAGCUGCUUGUGUAAAACUCUGACGAUGUCUCACUCGGGUACUCAAGGCAGCAUUGGCAGCCACCCUGCCAUGGGGCUACAUAAUCAUAAGAUUUACCUCCAUGAAUUUGAGAACUUCCAAGGCCGUAAAAUGGAUCUGUUGGGAGAGUGUCGUAACCUAUGCGAGAAGGGUUUAGAAAAAAUCGGCUCCAUCCGGGUAGAGAAUGGGCCCUGGGUGGGUUAUGAGCAGCAGAACAUGACUGGUGAGAUGUUCAUGCUGGAGAAAGGAGAAUACCCCAGAUGGGACACCUGGUCCAACAGCUAUAGGUGUGACCGUCUCAUGUCAGUCAGACCAGUAAAAAUGGACUCCCAGGACCACAAGAUUUGCUUGUAUGAGUGCACAAAUUUUGAAGGUCGCAAGAUGGAGGUGUGUGAUGAGGAUAUUCCAAGCUUGUGGUCUUACGGCUUCCAGGACCGCGUCGCUAGCAUUCAGGUCACUGGGGGAACGUGGGUGGCCUACCAGUACCCAGGCUACCGUGGUUACCAGUAUGUGAUGGAAAUGGGCUCUUUCAAGCACUGGAAUGAGUGGGGAGCCCACCAUCCCCAGAUCCAAUCCAUUCGUAGGGUGAAAGACAUGCAGACACACCGCAGAGGCUGCUUUGAGGUCAACGCCUAAAACCGGUCAGGUUCUGGGCAAAAGGGUCACGCUAAACAAGUGACUUGCAAAAUCUUCACUGACCACUUUCCAACACAAAGCACAUUGCUACUGAAUAUUGUUACUGAUUUUGUCAGCACAGUUUGGGAGUACAUAAGGCUUCCAUAGUAGCUGCACUAUUGGUAAAAUGCAGUAAGCAGCGAUGCUCUCUGUCUCCAGACCUCGUAAGAAUGAUAAUGGCGUUUAUUAUGUUUCCUUGAUAGUUAGCAGUUUGUGCUAUUUCAACCCUUUUCUUUAUACAGAUGCACAUAUGUGUUGCCCGAACAAUGAUGCAAAUCAGCCUCCAUAACAAAUCAGUAAUUCCACCAACUGUAUAA